AUGUCCAGAAUGUCGAGGGAGCCGCUGUGUUUCGUGGUAACGGGUGCUCAGCCUCGGCAGCGUGCAGCUCCAAGUGUACGAUGUCCGACACCGAGACCUCUCGCUGGCACGGACCGGUGUCCAGUCGUCGUCGGGGUAUGCCGCCGGCGUUCCGGCGUGCGCAAAGCACCGCUGGUGCCGCUCUCGGAACGCCUCGUGCUUAGCACUGUUGAGGACGGGGUCGUUUAUCAGCAACUCCGUGAGAAACUGCACGGUGCCAGCGUGUACCUCGUGGGCAUGAUGGGCUCUGGCAAGUCCACUCUGGGAGCUUACCUCGCUAAAGCACUUGAGUACGCUUUUAUUGACACGGAUGUCAUUAUUGAGAGGACGCUGCAGAAAAGCAUACCGGAGAUCUUUGCUCAGGAUGGUGAAGAAACUUUUCGGGACGUUGAGAGCCUCGUACUCGAGUCGCUGCAAAGCCACGUCCGAACAGUGGUUGCGACUGGCGGUGGCGUUGUACUACGGCAGCGCAACUGGGGAACCUUGCAUACGGGACUCGUUGUGUACCUCAACGGAACGCCCGAUAUGCUCGCUAAACGGGUGCAGGGCGGUGCGGGUCGCCCGCUGCUCUCCAAUACAAUGCACGCACCAGCGGACUCGACUAUUCCUGAACCUGCGGCAAUUGAAGCACUCAGCGCGCGUCUCGCGGAGAUUCUUUCGGAGCGCGAGCAUUUCUACAGACAAGCCGAUGUGACUGUGGAGCUUUUCCCCGACUGUUCCGUGGCAGAAACGUCCCGCGCUGUCGCAGCAAAGCUCAUUCGAUUCAUCGAAGAGAACCCGUCCGCAUCGUCGAAGCAUCGCCGUCAGCACAGUUCAGCAUCAUGA